AUGUCCCCAUUUGAGGGGAAAUGUAUUAUUGAGUACCCGGGCUCGUUCCAGCCAGACUCCUGGACGAACUGGCUCAGCUGUGUUCCCCGCUGGUGGGAGUCCCCCAGAAUCCAUUCCCGGGGAGCUGGCCCAGUGUGCUGGGCACCUUCAGGGUCAUGGACACUCUUUCCUCAGUCCCUGCAGGGAGCGGACCUCCAGCAGGAAAACCCGGAACUCAGGAUGCCCUGUGGUUUCAGCACUGUGUCAGCCAUGCGGCUGCAAACAGGCCAGACCAUCAAGUUGAAAACCCUUGUGUAUGAUCGGGCUGUCCAAGAUGGCUGUCCUCUUGCUCUCUGUAAUCCCUUGCUUGACCGUGCCUGCUUCCCCUAG